AUGGCACUGCUAGCCAAUCAGCUGAUGGAUUCAGCCAAGGUUCUAAAUGGCAUCAAUGGGAGGGUGGACCACCUCCCACAGUUCCUGAGGGUCCAGAACCAGGGUCACAUGACCCAGGUCAACGCCACCCAGGAAGACACGCACAAGAACAGGAAGUAUCCGUGCCCACUGUGUGGCAAGCGCUUCCGCUUCAACAGCAUCCUGUCGCUGCACAUGCGCACGCACACGGGCGAGAAGCCCUUUAAGUGCCCUUACUGUGACCACAGGGCAGCGCAGAAGGGCAACCUCAAGAUCCACCUGCGCACUCACAAGCAGGGCAACCUUGGGAAAGGCCGUGGAUGGAUCAGAGAGGAGAACAGGCUGCUCCACGAGCUGGAGGAGAGGGCCAUCCUGAGGGACAGGCACAUCAGGGGAGGUAUAGGUGGUCUGACCCAGCCACCACCACCCCACAUCCCCCAUCCCCAGCUCCAGCAGCCCCAGCCUGCCUCUACCACCACCCAGCUCCCCUUGACUUGCACAGGCCCUGGCCCUGUGGAGACCCUUUCACUGCCGUCCGCCUCCCCCAAGAUGACCACCACAGGCCAGGAGGAUCACACCCAGGCUCAACCUUCCACAGGCUUCCGCUGCUCCUUCUGCAAAGGAAAGUUCAGGAAGCCGGAGGAGCUGGAGCGCCACAUCCGGAUCCUCCACAAGCCAUACAAGUGCACCCUGUGUGAGUUCGCGGCCUCCCAGGAGGAUGAGCUCAUCAGCCACGUGGAGACGGCCCACAUCACCUCAGAGUCGGCCCAGAGUCAGAGUCCCGCGGUGGGCAGCGAUCGGGGCGUGAAGCCACCUGGUGGGAAGUUCCCCUGCAAGGUGUGUGGUCAGACCUUCAGCCAGGCCUGGUUCCUCAAGGGACACAUGCGGAAGCACAAGGACUCGUUCGAGCACUGCUGCCAGAUCUGCAGCCGGCGCUUUAAAGAACCCUGGUUCCUCAAGAACCACAUGAAGGUCCACCUCAACAAGCCGUCUGCUAACACCAAGCAGCUCCCUGCUGACCCUCAGGUAUCUGUUAGCAUGGCUAGAGUAGCCCAGGAUACCCACUACACAAACCUCUACUCCCAGUACAUCUCAAGCCUCCACAGCAGGUUCCUCUCCGCAGAGAGAGAGGGCCAGUCGGAGUUCCAGCAGAUCCUUGCCACAGCAGGUAUCGGGAUGAAGGUGAAGGAGAUGUUGGGUAGGAUGCUGGCACCAGGACACGAUUCAAUGACGGAGGGGGAUAAUAAUCCCUCUUUGUUGGGCUUGAAUCAUCUGGUGCCGCCCCUGAGCUCCAGCAGCAUGGAGUAUCAACUACAAGCUCCUGCCAAUGAGAGAAACAACCUAAAAAGCUACCCAGGCUGGCAGAUCAUGGCAUCAGGACUGGCUGUAGAUCAGGUGGACCUAUACACAGCUAAAGAACAGCAGCAGGCCUACCAGGCUGGGCGGAGGGUGUCACAUGAGCGACGGGCAUCUGUGCGCGACCCAGAGACCCAGGCUAUUAAUAGGACUAGUAGCCCAGGACUGAGCCAUGUCUUGGAGGAGAGCUCCAUAGGACCAGGCCUCUCUCAGACCGGCAGUACCCAUGAUAAUAGCAGCCUACUCUCCUCAGUCUCAGGUACAUACAGUAGCUUGCGAAAGUAUUCACCCCCCUUGGCAUUUUUCCUAUUUUGUUGUCUUACAACCUGGAAUUCAAAUUGAUUUGUUUGGGGUUUGUAUCAUUUGAUUUACACAACAUACCUACCACUUUGCAAAUAUAAAUAAAAUACAAAAUAUUUUUUAUUGUGAAACAAACAAGAAAUAAGACAAAAAAACAGAAAAUGUGAGCGUGCAUAACUAUUCACCCCCCCAAAGUCAAUACUUUGUAGAGCCAACUUUUGCAGCAAUUACAGCUGCAAGUCUCUUGGGGUAUGUCUCUAUAAGCUUGGCACAUCUAGCCACUGGAAUUUUUGCCCAUUCUUCAAGGCAAAACUGCUCCAGCUCCAUCAAGUUGGAUGGGUUCCGCUGGUGUACAGCAAUCUUUAAGUCAUACCACAGAUUCUCAAUUGGAUUGAGGUCUGGGCUUUGACUAAGCCAUUCCAAGACAUUUAAAUGUUUCCCCUUAAACCACUCGAGUGUUGCUUUAGCAGUAUGCUUAGGGUCAUUGUCCUGCUGGAAGGUGAACCUCCGUCCCAGUCUCAAAUCUCUGGAAGACUGAAACAGGUUUCCCUCAAUAAUUUCCCUGUAUUUAGCGCCAUCCAUCAUUCCUUAAAUUCUGACCAGUUUCCCAGUCCCUGCCAAUGAAAAACAUCCCCACAGCAUGAUGCUGCCACCACCAUGCUUUACUGUGGGGAUGGUGUUCACGGGGUGAUGAGAGGUGUUGAGUUUGCGCCAGACAUAGCGUUUUCCUUGAUGGCCAAAAAGCUCAAUUUUUGUCUCAUCUGACCAGAGUACCUUCUUCCAUAUGUUUGGGGAGUCUCCCACAUGCAUUUUGGCGAACACCAAACGUGUUUGCUUAUUUUUUUCUUUAAGCAAUGGCUUUUUUCUGCUCCUUCAGGAUUAUCUUUGGUGUCUUUGUUGCCUCUCUGAUUAAUGCCCUCCUUGCCUGGUCCGUGAGUUUUGGUGGGCGGCCCUCUCUUGGCAGGUUUGUUGUGGUGCCAUAUUCUUUCCAUUUUUUUAUAAUGGAUUUAAUGGUGCUCCGUGGGAUGUUCAAAGCUUCUGAUAUUUUUCUAUAACCCAACCCUGAUCUGUACUUCUUCACAACUUUGUCCCUGACCUGUUUGGAGAGCUCCUUGGUCUUCAUGGUGCUGCUGGCUUGGUGGUGCCCCUUGCUUAGUGGUGUUGCAGACUCUGGGGCCUUUCAGAACAGGUAUACUGAGAUCAUGUGACACUUAGAUUGCACACAGGUGGACUUUAUUUAACUAAAUAUGUGACUUCUGAAGGUAAUUGGUUGCACCAGAUCUUAUUUAGGGGCUUCAUAGCAAAGGGGGAGAAUACAUAUGCACGCACCACUUUUCCAUUAUUUAUUUUGUAUAAUUUUUUGAAAAAAGUUAUUUUUUUCAUUUCACUUCAGCAAUUUGGUCUAUUUUGUGUAUGUCCAUUACAUGAAAUCCAAAUAAAAAUCAAUUUAAAUUACAGGUUGUAAUGCAACAAUAUAGGUAAAACGCCAAGGGGGAUGAAUACUUUUGCAAGGCACUGCAACUGUCUUUCCUUACAACUCAAUGGUUGCAGAUUGUUUUAGACAUUGUUGUUUCCAGUUUUCUCAAUUAUUUGUCAUAGGUUCAUCUGCUAUAUGUAUUCUAUAUUCUAUGGUCAAUAUUUUACAGUAAUUGAUGUAUCCUCAGAUCCAGGGUCAAGUUCAAAUGGAUGACCAGCACAUGAUGACUUGGGCACAUUUAUAUAGAUAGGAUGUUUAAGAACUUCCAUAAAUAUGCCAUAAGUUUCAGAUGUAUACCAUUUGCUAUCCCUCCCAUGCAUAGACUAGAAUGGAAUGCAACUGCGCUGUUCCAUCAGGAGAUAAAACAAUGCCUUUGGCUAAACUUAACUAAUGUACUCAGGUGGACUUGUCUUGAAGCACAGGGUCAGUACAUCAGCAUAUCCAAGCAACAAAUAUAAUCGGUAAUGACAAGGCCUUUCUUUUCUUAUUAACUUUAAUGCUGUCAUGUUGAAUGCUACAGAUAAUUAGCCUCCACUAUUUUAUAUCAGUCCCAUCCCCACCCCAACCCUUGCCUUGCCUAUGGGGCACAAUAUGUUAAUGCAUUCCAUCUGGUGUUUUUAAUUAUUUGAUAUAUACCACCUGGUAUUUUUAUUGAUAGUCUCCUGUUCCACCUGGUGAUUUUGAUGAUUUGACUCCAUGGGCGCAUGCUUUUCUUGUCAUGGCAUCCUGUUAAGUUACACAUUGUCUGGAUUCUAAAUAGCUGCCCCACAUGAAAAAAUACUAAAUUUUACUAUAGAAUACUACAGUACUUACUAUAAAAUUAUAUAGUAAACUGUAGUAUACUGUAGAAUGCUAUUCUCCACACAGUAGUUUCCCUCGAUCAUGUGUAGUACUUACUAUAUAAUGUUGUAGUAUACUGUAUACUGCAGUAUUAUCAGCAAUAAAACACUGUAGUAAAUACUACAGUAAUGUCCGCAAAAACACUACACUUUUUAAACUAUAGUAAAUACUACAGUAUACAAUUUGCAUAUACUCUGCCCAUUCCCCUCCCCCAUAUUUCAGUUUGUGCCACCCAUAAGUGAGAAACCUACAUGCCAAGUAUAGACCAUAUAUUGUGUUCCCUACAAGUCAUAGAAAAGAGCAAAAGCUCUGAACUAUCCGUUCAGACUCCAGUCCUACCUACAGUGCAUUCGGAAAGUAUUCAGACCCCUUUACUUUUUCCACAUUUUGUUAUGUUGCAAUCUUAUUCUAAAAUGGAUUAAAUAAUGUUUCCCCCUCAUCAAUCUACACACAAUACCACAUAAUGACAAAACAAAAACAGCUUUAUAGAAAUUUUAAAUACAUUAGUUUCUACAACUUGAUUGGAGUCCACCUGUGGUAAAUUCAGUUGAUUGGACAUGAUUUGGAAAGGCACACACCUGUAUAUAUAAGGUCCCACAGCAAAAACCAAGCCAUGAGGUUGAAGGAAUUGUCUGUAGAGUGCCGAGACAGGAUUGUGUCGAGGCACAGAUCAGCGGCAGGGACUGGGAGACUAGUCAGGAUCAAGGGAAAGAUGACCGGAGCAAAGUACAGAGAGAUCCUUGAUGAAAACCUGCUCCAGAGCGCUCAGGACCUCAGACUGGGGCCAAGGUUCAACUUCCAACAGGACAACAACCCUAAGCACACAGCCAAGACAACACAGGAGUGGCUUCGGGACAAGUCUCUGAAUAUCCUUGAGUGGCCCAGCCAGAGCCCGGACUUGAACCCGAUCAAACAUCUCUGGAGAGACCUGAAAAUAGCUGUGCAGCGACGCUCCCCAUCUAACUUGACAGAGCUUAAGAGGAUCUGCAGAGAAGAAUGGGAGAAACUCCCCAAAUACAGAUGUGCCAAGCUUGUAGCGUCAGACCCAAGAAGACUAGAGGCUGUAAUCGCUGCCAAAGGUGCUUCAACAAAGUACUGAAUAAAGGGUCUGAAUACUUAUGUAAAUGUAAUAUUUCAGUUGUUUUAAUUUGUUUUUUGUGCAAACAUUUCUAGACCUGUUUUUGCUUUGUCAUUAUGUGGUAUUGUGUGUAGAUUGAUGAGGGGAAAAAAACAAUUUAAUCAAUUUUAGAAUAAGGCUGUAACGUAACAAAAUGUGGAAAAAGACAAGGGGUCUGAAUACUUUCCGAAUGCACUACCUACCUAUAGAUUAUGUAAAAAAAUAUAUUUGAGUAUUUCUCCAGUAGGUUUCCUGAAGGAGAAAGCCUCCAUUUCUAUGUCAAAGAUAAUAAAACAAACCCUAUAGUAAAUACUACAGUCUGCAAAAAUACUACAGUAUAGUAUAUUUCGCAAAAGCACUACAGUAAAUACUACAGUAUACUUCAAUCUGCAAAAACACUACAUUAAUUACUAUAGUAUAUACUACAGUUUUCUUUUACUAUAGUAUUUAUGCUAUAGUUAACUAUAAAUAAUACAGUAUACUACAGUAAAUACUACAGUAUUCACUGUAGUGUUUUUGCGGACCUUUAGCUUAAAGCAUAAAGCUUUACUCCUAUCCUCCCUAGCUUAGAAUUUUGGAUCUUCCACAGACCUGGGUUAAAAUACUAUUUGAAAUUCUUUAAAAUACUUUAGCUGUUCUCAGUUGAGAUCUCUUGUUGCAAUGGAACCAAUAGAAAAGUGCAAACUCCCAACAGGCACAGGAGCACUCUAGGCAGACUAAAGCAAACACUCAAAGUAUUGGAAAGAUUUCAAAUAGUAUUUGAACCCAGGUUUGAUGUUCUAGCAGGCUUGGUGAGAGUCAGCGUCUCUGACAUGGUUUUGGAGGAUUUGAUCCACCGUGAAGAAUAGAUAAAUGGAUCUGGUCUAAUCUUGUUAAAUGUUUUGUUGACAUAUUGUCUACUCAUACUUGUAUUUACAUGUUUAUACCAGCAUUUUAAGGUUAAUCCUGCGCAGCCCUUUACAAAACAGCUACAAUCAUUGGUACUUUUCAGCUUCUCCUGCAUCCCCAGUCCCCAGCCCAUUUAACCAGCCGAUACUGCAGGACUAGGUUUGUAAAAGCUAGCUGAGAAUGAAUCGGAUGAAUUCUGGGCUGCCACGUUCGGUAUCAGAGUGUAAUUUGAGUCGAUAUUAAGCAUGGAAACUAAUUCAUUUUAAAGGUCAGGCGUCAGUGCUUCUUUAAAUGAUGGAUCCCAGCUCGCCUCUCCUCCUCUUGUUCCUGUGUAAUGGAGGACUCGCUCAGGGGAUUAAGCACUGCAUUGUUUUGCUCUGACAGUAUAGCCCAGAGACCUCUGCAGCUGCUCUCCACAACAGAUUCAUUAACACAAUCGCACUCUGCUGGCCCUGGCUCAACACACAGGUCUGCUGCGGGACAGAUAGGUAAAUCCUACACAUAUGGAGAAUGUACAGGCACUAAGUGCAAGUCUUGAUGAGGGGCUUUAGGAAUGGGAUAAGUUUACUGCGCCUGUAUUACAGGGGCAGGAGUAGUUCUAACUCAGGAGAUGGUGAGGAAUUACCAUUGUUGCCAGAUGUUUCAGUUUGAGACACAUUGAUUAGGCCUGAACAAGUGGCUGAUUUUAUUCCUAUCCAAACAGCUGUAGUCAUUAAGUUAUUAUAUUUAUGUUUCCAGUAUUGAUAGUGACUACAGUUGUCAGAGUUAGUGACUGCUCUGCUACAUUUUAGUCAUUUGGUAGACACUCUUAUCCAGAGCGACUUACAUACAGUUGAAGUCGGAAGUUUACAUACACCUUAGCCAAAUACAUUUAAACUCUGUUUUUCACAAUUCCUGACAUUUAAUCCUAGUAAAAAUUCCCUGUCUUAGGUCAGUUAGGAUCACCACUUUAUUUUAAGAAUGUGAAAUGUCAUAAUAAUAGUAGAGAGAAUGAUUUAUUUAAGCUUUUAUUUCUUUCAUUACAUUCCCAGUGGGUCAGAAGUGUACAUACACUCAAUUAGUAUUUGGUAGCAUUGCCUUUAAAUUGUUUAACUUGGGUCAAACGUUUCGGGUAGCCUUCCACAAGCUUCCUACAAUAAGUUGGGUGAAUAUUGGCCCAUUCCUCCUGACAGAGCUGGUGUAACUGAGUCAGGUUUGUAGGCCUCCUUGCUCGCACAUGCUUCUUCAGUUCUGCCCACAAAUGUUCUAUAGGAUUGAGGUCAGGGCUUUGUGAUGGCCACUCCAAUACCUUGACUUUUGUCACGGAUACGGCCGAGGCUGCCCCUCCUCCUCGUUCGGGCAGGCUUCGGCGGUCGUCGUCACCGGAGUACUAGCUGCCACCGAUCGAUGUUUCUGUGUCUCACUAGUUCUGUCUGUAUUGUUCACACCUGUUACCCAUUAGGCUUAUUAGUUUCCCUAUAUUACCUCUGUUUUCCCUCCUGAGUGUGUGCGUGAUUGUUCUUGUUACGUCGUCUGUUGAGCUGUUGUUUUUGCUCUUCCCUGCGUGGAGGGUUUGCAUUAUUUACUUGGAGUCGAGUAAAGCCAUUAAUUCUCAGUUCUGUGUCCUGCGCCUGAUUCCGUUUCCCCACUGCACCCAGACGCUGACAGAAUCACGCACCCGUUAUGGAGUCAGCAGGCACGCCCGAUCCCAGCGCUUCGGUGGAGGAACGCAUCCACCAGCAUGCGACCAUACUGCAGCGACUAUGCUCGGCUCUGGAUCAAGUGAUCCACACCAUGGAUCGAUGGGAGAGAGUUGGGUUUUCUACACCUCCUCUUUCGCCGAAUUCUCUUCCAUCAGGAUCCUCAACCCCUGGGUCCAGUGGUCUUCGGUUCUCGCUCCCGAGGGAAUACGAUGGGAUAGCUGCCGGGUGUAAGGGUUUCCUGCUCCAGGUGGAACUUUACCUGGCCACCAUCCACCCGGCUCCCUCGGGAUACGAGAGCGUGUCCGCCCUCAUCUCCUGUCUGUCGGGCAGAGCCCUGGAAUGGGCCAACGCGGAGUGGGGUGGAAUAGACGCUGAGUCCGUUCGCUAUGAGGAUUUUACCCGCCGUUUCCGGGCAGUAUUCGAUCAUCCGCCUGAGGGGAGAGCGGCGGGGGAGCGGCGGGGGAGCGGCGGGGGAGCGGCGGGGGAGCGUCUGUUUCACCUCAGUCAGGGAAGGAGGAGCGCACAGGAAUACGCCCUGGAUUUCAGGACACUGGCAGCCAGCGCGGGAUGGAACGAGAGGGCCCUGAUUGAUCACUACCGAUGCAGUCUACGGGAGGACGUUCGUCGGGAGCUGGCCUGCAGGGACACUAAUCUUAACCUGGACCAGCUGGUAGAUUUAUCGAUCUGGCUGGAUAACCUGUUGGCUACCCGCGGACGUCCAGAUCAGGGUCCGUCCAGUCCAUCCCACAGCACUUCCGAGUCCACACCUAUGGAGCUUGGAAGUGCUGAUGCGGAGAGGCCGAGCAAGGGGGUGGUCUCCUGCACCAACUGUGGCCGCAGAGGACACACUGCGGGCUGGUGCAGGAGAAGACCCUCAUGGAAUCGAGGCAGCAGGCAGGGUUCUGGGGGAUCAUCUCAGGUGAGUAGGCACCCAACUCACCCAGAGCUCCCUGUUGCUCACAUGAUGAUUAAUGUUAUUUUCCCUGAGUUUUCCCCACAUUCCCAGCAUAGGGCGCUCGUAGAUUCCGGCGCAGCUGGGGAUUUUAUGGACAGAUUGGUUGCGCAUAGAUUAGGGAUUCCUAUAUUGCCGUUAGAUGUGCCCUUCCCCAUACGUGCCCUAGAUAGUCGCCCAUUAGGGUCAGGUAUGGUUAGGGAGGUCACAGCUCCACUUCGGAUGGAGACACAGGGGGAUCAUGAAGAGAGAAUUAGUCUCUUCCUCAUUGAUACCACUGCUUUUCCCGUGGUGCUGGGCCUUCCCUGGCUAGCCGUGUUCGUGCCGUGAAAGGAGGGGUUCUUCUUUGUCUGAAAGCAAUGGCUAGCUAGUUUGCUAACUAUUCUAGCUAACUAACUGGCUGAAUAAGUUGACGACGGACUCGCUCAAGCUGUCGGGACUAACCCACAACGUUAGACACGGACACGAACGAUCUGCUUGCGUGUUGAUACACUGGUGGUUUGUUGUGGCAGAGUAUUGGCGCUAAACCGUGUUGCUGGAGUCCGGCAUGCUAGCUGGCUGUGGCGUCAUAUGACUUGAUGCCCGGACGAUUUUCACGGAAUAAUACUGCACCUAGUUAACUAGCUGAAUAAACUGAGUUAGUCUAUUCCUAGAAACAUUGAACCGCUGUAGUUUACAACAAUUAUAGUUUCUGAGGUGGAAGUUGGGAGAGUUAUAUUUGGGAGUUGUGCUGAGGGAGGCCCCGCUCUCUCCUUUCCCAGAUGUUUAGUUCAUUUUAUUCCGAUCUCCUCUGCAUUAUUGUAGCCAUUUGCUGCAGCCUGUCAACUAUGCCUCUGCCUAUCCCUGUUCUCUCCUCUCCGCACAGGCUACACAAACGCCUCACACCGCGUGGCUGCUGCCUCUCUAACCUGGUGGUCCCUGCACGCACCACCCACCUGGAGUUCCAGGUCUCAGGCAGCCUCUGGAACUGCCGUUCUGCUGCCAACAAGGCAGACUUCAUCCCAGCCUAUGCUACCCUCCAGUCCCUCGACUUCUUGGCGCUGACGGAAACAUGGAUUACCACUGAAAACACUGCUACUCCUACUGCUCUCUCCUCGUCUGACCAUGUGUUCUCGCAUACCCCGAGAGCAUCUGGUCAGCGGCGUGGUGGCACAGGAAUCCUCAUCUCGCCCAAGUGGACAUUCUCAAUUUUUCCCCUAACCCAUCUGUCUAUCUCCUCAUUUGAAUUCCAUGCUGUCACAGUCACUAGCCCAUUUAAGCUUAAUAUCCUUGUCAUCUAUCGCCCUCCAGGUUCCCUUGGAGAGUUCAUCAAUGAGCUUGACGCCUUGAUAAGUUCCUUUCCAGAGGAUGGCUCACCCCUCACAGUUCUGGGGGAUUUCAACCUCCCUACGUCUACAUUUGACUCAUUUCUCUCUGCCUCCUUCUUUCCACUCCUCUCCUCUUUUGACCUCACCCUCUCACCGUCCCCCCCUACUCACAAGGCAGGCAAUACGCUUGACCUCAUCUUUACUAGAUGCUGUUCUUCUACUAAUCUCACUGCAACUCCCCUCCAUGUCUCCGACCACUACUUUGUAUCCUUUUCUCUCUCGCUCUCCUCCAACACUACUCACUCUGCCCCUACACAGAUGGUAAUGCGCCGUCGCAACCUUCGCUCUCUCUCUCCCACUACUCUCUCCUCUUCCAUCCUAUCAUCUCUUCCCUCUGCUCAAUCCUUCUCCCUCCAAUCUCCUGAUUCUGCCUCCUCAACCCUCCUCUCCUCCCUUUCUGCAUCCUUUGACUCUCUAUGUCCCCUAUCCUCCCGGCCGGCUCGGUCCUCCCCUCCAGCUCCGUGGCUUGAUGACUCAUUGCGAGCUCACAGAACAGAGCUCCGGGCAGCUGAGCGGAAAUGGAAGAAAACUAGACUCCCUGCGGACCUGGCAUCUUUUCACUCCCUCCUCUCUACAUUUUCUUCAUCAGUUUCUGCUGCUAAGGCCACUUUCUACCACGCUAAAUUCCAAGCAUCUGCCUCUAACCCUAGGAAGCUCUUUGCCACAUUCUCCUCCCUGCUGAAUCCCCCCCCCUCCCUCUCUGUGGAUGACUUCGUCAACCACUUUGAAAAGAAGGUUGACGACAUCCGAUCCUCGUUUUUUGUUAAGUCAAAUGACACUGCUGGUCCUGCUCACACUGCCCUACCCUAUGCUUUGACUUCUUUCUCCCCUCUCUCUCCAGAUAAAAUCUUGCGACUUGUGACUGCAGGCCGCCCAACAACCUGCCCGCUUGACCCUAUCCCCUCCUCUCUUCUCCAGACCAUCUCCGGUGACCUUCUCCCCUACCUCACCUCGCUGAUCAACUCAUCCUUGACCGCUGGCUAUGUCCCUUCCGUCUUCAAGAGAGCGAGAGUUGCACCCCUUCUCAAAAAACCAACACUCGAUCCCUCUGAUGUCAACAACUACAGACCAGUAUCCCUUCUUUCUUUUCUCUCCAAAACUAUUGAGCGUGCCGUCUUUAGCCAACUCUCUUGCUAUCUCUCUCAGAAUGACCUUCUUGAUCCAAACCAGUCAGGUUUCAAGACUGGUCAUUCAACUGAGACUGCUCUUCUCUGUGUCACGGAGGCUCUCCGCACUGCUAAAGCUAACUCUCUCUCCUCUGCUCUUGUCCUUCUAGACCUGUCUGCUGCCUUUGAUACUGUGAACCAUCAGAUCCUCCUCUCCACCCUCUCCGAGCUGGGCAUCUCCGGCGCGGCUCACUCUUGGAUUGCGUCCUACCUGACCGGUCGCUCCUACCAAAUGGCGUGGCGAGAAGCUGUCUCCGCACCACGUGCUCUCACCACUGGUGUCCCCCAGGGCUCAGUUCUAGGCCCUCUCCUAUUCUCGCUAUACACCAAGUCACUUGGCUCUGUCAUAUCCUCACAUGGCCUCUCCUAUCAUUGCUACGCUGACGACACACAACUAAUCUUCUCCUUUCCCCCUUCUGAUAACCAGGUGGCGAAUCGCAUCUCUGCAUGUCUGGCAGACAUAUCAGUAUGGAUGACGGAUCACCACCUCAAGCUGAACCUUGGCAAGACAGAGCUGCUCUUCCUCCCGGGGAAGGACUGCCUGUUCCAUGAUCUCGCCAUCACGGUUGACAACUCCGUUGUGUCCUCCUCCCAGAGUGCGAAGAGCCUUUGCGUGACCCUGGACAACACCCUGUCGUUCUCCGCUAACAUCAAGGCGGUGACCCGAUCCUGUAGGUUCAUGCUCUACAACGUUCGGAGAGUACGACCCUGCCUUACACAGGAAGCGGCACAGGUCCUAAUCCAGGCACUUGUCAUCUCCCGUCUGGAUUACUGCAACUCGCUGUUGGCUGGGCUCCCUGCCUGUGCCAUUAAACCCCUACAACUCAUCCAGAAUGCCGCAGCCCGUCUGGUGUUCAACCUUCCCAAGUUCUCUCACGUCACCCCCCUCCUCCGCACACUCCACUGGCUUCCAGUUGAAGCUCGCAUCUGUUACAAGACCAUGGUGCUUGCCUAUGGAGCUGUGAGGGGAACGGCACCUCCGUACCUUCAGGCUCUGAUCAGUCCCUACACCCAAACGAGGGCAUUGCGUUCAUCCACCUCUGGCCUGCUGGCUCCCCUUCCUCUGCGGAAGCAUAGUUCCCGCUCAACCCAGUCAAAACUGUUCGCUGCUCUGGCACCCCAAUGGUGGAACAAGCUCCCUCACGACGCCAGGACAGCGGAGUCACUCACCACCUUCCGGAGACAUUUGAAACCCCACCUCUUUAAGGAAUACCUUGGAUAGGAUAAAGUAAUCCUUCUACCCCUCCCCUAUCCCAACCCACCCCCCCCCCCCCCCCUUGAGGGGGCUAAACACCCUUUUCUCAUUUUGACUGACCACCGCAAUCUGGAGUACAUUCGGGCAGCGAGGAGACUGAAUCCUCAUCAGGCAAGGUGGGCCAUGUUUUUCACGCGUUUUGUGUUCACCCUAUCGUAUAGACCAGGUUCCCAGAAUGCUAAGGCAGACGCUCUGUCCCGGCUAUAUGACUCAGAGGAUCGGACCAGGGAGCCUACUCCCAUACUUCCGGCUUCCUGUCUGGUGGCGCCGGUGGUAUGGGAGGUUGACACGGACAUCGAGCGGGCAUUACGGAGCCCACUCCCCCCCAGUGUCCAGUGGGUCGUGCGUACGUUCCGUCCGAGGUUCGCGAUCGUUUGAUUUAUUGGGCUCACACGUCACCUGCUUCUGGCCAUCCUGGCAUUGGUCGGACAGUGCGCUGUCUUAGUGGGAAGUACUGGUGGCCCACCUUAGCUCAGGACGUGAGGGUUUAUGUUUCUUCCUGUUCGGUGUGCGCUCAGUGCAAGGCACCUAGACACCUGCCCAGAGGUAUAUUACAACCUCUCCCCGUUCCACAGCGGCCGUGGUCACACCUAUCGGUGGACUUUGUUACAGAUCUUCCUCCGUCACAGGGUAACACCACGAUCCUGGUUGUUGUGGAUCGGUUUUCUAAGUCCUGUCGUCUCAUUCCUUUGCCCGGUCUCCCUACUGCCCUACAGACCGCAGAGGCCCUGUUUACACACGUCUUCCGGCACUACGGGGUGCCUGAGGAUAUAGUGUCUGAUCGGGGUCCCCAGUUCACAUCGAGGGUCUGGAAGGUGUUUAUGGACCAUCUGGGGGUCUCGGUCAGCCUGACCUCAGGUUUUCACCCCGAGAGUAAUGGGCAGGUGGAAAGAGUAAACCAGGAUGUGGGUAGGUUUCUGAGGUCGUAUUGCCAGGACCGGCAGGGGGAUUGGUCAGUUUACAUCCCCUAGGCCGAAAUGGCUCAAAAUUCCCUCCGCCACUCCUCCACUGACCUGUCUCCCUUUCAGUGUGUACUAGGUUACCAGCCGGUCCUGGCACCGUGGCAUCAGAGCCAGAUCGAGGCUCCUACGGUGGAUGAAUGGUUUCGGCGCUCGGAGGAGACAUGGAACGCUGCCCAUGUACGCCUGCAAAGGGCGAUUAGGAGACAGAAGGCGAGUGCCGACCGCCACCGCAGUGAGGCUCCGGUUUAUGCACCGGGGGACCGGAUCUGGCUCUCGACCCGAAACCUGCCCCUUCGCCUGCCCUGCCGGAAACUGGGUCGGCGGUUUGUGGGGCCCUUUAAAGUCCUGAGGAGGUUGAACGAGGUUUGUUAUAGGUUACAGCUCCCCCCUGAUUACAGUAUUAACCCCUCGUUCCAUGUGUCUCUCCUCAGGCCGGUGGUAGCUGGUCCGCUCCAGGAGUCCGAGGUGCGGGAGGUUCCUCCGCCCCCAUUAGACAUUGAGGGGGCACCGGCGUACUCGGUCCGUUCCAUCAUGGAUUCGAGGCGUCGGGUUGGAGGCCUGCAGUAUCUCGUGGAGUGGGAGGGGUACGGUCCGGAGGAACGGAGCUGGGUUCCCAGGAGGGACAUCCUCGAUCCCUCCUUGUUAAGGGAGUUCCAUCGUCGUCAUCCGACUCGCCCUGCUCCGCGUCCUCCUGGCCGUCCCCGAGGCCGGUGUCGACGCACGGCUGGAGCCGCGCGUCGGGGGGGGGGGGGGGGGGUACUGUCACGGAUACGGCCGAGGCUGCCCCUCCUCCUCGUUCGGGCAGGCUUCGGCGGUCGUCGUCACCGGAGUACUAGCUGCCACCGAUCGAUGUUUCUGUGUCUCACUAGUUCUGUCUGUAUUGUUCACACCUGUUACCCAUUAGGCUUAUUAGUUUCCCUAUAUUACCUCUGUUUUCCCUCCUGAGUGUGUGCGUGAUUGUUCUUGUUACGUCGUCUGUUGAGCUGUUGUUUUUGCUCUUCCCUGCGUGGAGGGUUUGCAUUAUUUACUUGGAGUCGAGUAAAGCCAUUAAUUCUCAGUUCUGUGUCCUGCGCCUGAUUCUGUUUCCCCACUGCACCCAGACGCUGACAACUUUGUUGUCUUUAAGCCAUUUUGCCACAACUUUGGAAGUAUGCUUGGGGUAAUUGUCCAUUUGGAAGACCCAUUUGCGACCAAGCUUUAACUUCCUGACUAAUGUCUUGAGAUGUUGCUUCAAUAUAUCUACAUAAUUUUCAUUCCUCAUGAUGCCAUCUAUUUUGUGAAGUGCACCAGACCCUCCUGCAGCAAAGCACCCCCACAGCAUGAUGCUGCCACCCCUGUGCUUCACGGUUGGGAUGGUGUUCUUCGGCUUGCAAGCUACCCCCUUUUUCCUCCAUUAUGGCCAAACAGUUCUAUUUUUGUUUCAUCAGACCAAAAAAUAAGAUAUUUGGCCCCAUGUGCAGUUGCAAACCGUAUUCUGGCUUUUUAUGGUGGUUUUGGAGCAGUGGCUUCUUCCUUGCUGAGCGGCCUUUCAGGUUAUGUCGAUAUAGGACUCGUUUUACUGUGGAUAUAGAUAAUUUUGUACCUGUUUCCUCCAGCAUCUUCACAAGGUCCUUUGCUGUUGUUCUGGGAUUGAUUUGCACUUUUCGCACCAAAGUACGUUCAUCUCUAGGAGACAGAACACGUCUCCUUCCUGAGCAGUAUGACGACUGCGUGGUCCCAUGGUGUUUAUACUUGCGUACUAUGGUUUGUACAGAUGAACGUGGUACCUUCAGGUGUUUGGAAAUUGCUCCCAAGAAUGAACCAGACUUGUGGAGGUCUACAAUUUUUUUUCUGAGGUCUUGGCUGAUUUAUUUUGAUUUUCCCAUGAUGUCAAGCAAAGAGGCACUGAGUUUGAAGGUAGGACUUGAAAUACAUCCACAAGUACACCUCCAAUUGACUCAAAUGAUGUCAAUUAGCCUAUCAGAAGCUUCUAAAGCCAUGACAUCAUUUUCUGGAAUUUUCCAAGCUGUUUUAAAGGCACAGUCAACUUAGUGUAUGUAAACUUCUGACCCACUGGAAUUGCCAUACAGUGAAUUAUAAGUGAAAUAAUCUGUCUUGAAACAAUUGUUGGAAAAAUUACUUGUGUCAUGCACAAAGUAGAUGUCCUAACCGACUUGCCAAAACUAUAGUUUGUUAACAAGAAAUUUGUGGAGUGGUUGAAAAACGAGUUUUAAUGACUCCAACCUAAGUGUAUGUAAACUUCCGACUUCAACUGUACACUUUCAUUUUUUUUGUUUUCUUCUGUUUACUGGUCCCCCUUGGGAAUCGAGCCCACAACCCUGGCGUUGCAAGCGACAUGCUCUACCAACUGAGCCACACGGGACCGAUAGAUACAGUGUCAACGUGUUAGAUUAUGGUCUGUUUACUCAUAUGGCUACUAGCUAGUGUUGAAAAUGCUGCUCUUAAAAUCUAAUCAAGACAGAUUAAAAAACUUCCUUUGACUGUAAUUCUAAUCUUAGAUCAUGAAUAAUGACUCGCUUGUUAGAGGCCCCUGACCUACACCAGAGUGUCCGGAUUUAAAUUGGGAACACAAACAUGCCUGAAAUCCUCUGACAGUUAUUCAUUAGUCCUAUUCAAACUCUUAACCCCAAGGUCAAUGAGCAGACACCAUGUAAUGAUGUCAUCCUCACUUAGUCUUUGUUUCCUUCCGCAGCCUUCACGCUACUUCUACUGUAUAGAUGUUAACAUGUUACGAGUGGUUACAGAGAGCCAAAGAAGGAUCAUGUUUAGGGGGAUAGAAAUCAGUGUAACUGUUUUUAAUCGUUCUAACUUCUAGUUCCUACAACCCUUGGCAUCUGAUGAUUCUUAAAUGGAUAGUUCAACAAAAGCACAUGUUUAUACAACAUCUAAAUAUGUCAUUUCGCUAAACAAUCCCUUUAAGUUAUACCAUGGCUGUUUUCUAUUUAAAUACACAAACUGGGCCUAUAUAAGUAGAUUUGAACGCUGCUGAUUUCUGAUUUGUAAACCGGAUUACCUGUUGGCUUGACUUCCCCUUCUCAUUUUUGUCCCUUAAUCCUCUUUUUAAUUAUUAUUGCAGAUAUGAGGUAUGAGGCUCAAACUAAGCUCAAAAUGCUUGUUUUCCUAGCUGCUGAUAAAAAGAUUUACCCUGGGAGUUGUGAACACCUGCCUUGAAAUAUUGUUCCACGUCUCCUGAAUGCCAUUUGGCUUAAUUGACUUGGAAACGUCCCAAAUGCGUCAUUGACGAUGUGGUCUAAUUAAUAUUAAUAAUAUGCUAUUAUAAACAUCAAAGAACAUCUGGUGCCCCUAUUUUGUCUCUCCCCAGCAGUCUUGGGUGUGAAUAUCCCUCUCAGGCGGUUUCAUCUUAAAGCAAAACGCCUAGGUUUAGUCAUUUAGGUGCUUUAGUUUAUACUGCACGCAGACUGUUACAAUAUAACAAUUAUGCGUGUGUGUAUGUGUGUGUGUGUGUGUGUGUGUGUGUGUGUGUGUGUGUGUGUGUGUGUGUAUAUGCGCACACUCAUGUGUGUGUGUGUGUGUGUUUACAUGGGUGGUGAACAGAUUGAAUAAAGAGUGUAUUUCCAUAUGAAAUUAAUCACUUUCCCUACCAGCUGUAUGCUUUGCCACAGCACAUUAUUAGACUUUUUCUUUUGCAUUUCUAAUCACAGGUUGGAUAACUCAUAUGCAUCUCUUCAUUAUCUGAUCCUCUGUGUUAGGUGAGAGAAGCAGGGCCCUGUAAUGAUAGUUUGGUUGAUAAAUCUAAGCACUAAAAUUACUCAUAAUGUGGGUCUAGUCAGUGUAAGUAAAUCUAAAACUGAUUAAGUUAGCAUGAACCAGGCAAUCACAAAGAUGGCACCCGUCCAAAGACAGAAGAUGAGUCGGGUCUUGAGUCUUUGUGUUGUUUCGCUGCUCUGAGGGGUAUUGGCGAGCAAAUGUGUUUUUGAAAGAGACAGUGGCCAAAAUUAGGUCAGAUAUGUCUGUUUCUUUCAGACCUGCAGGUAGUUUCAUGGUAACGUAAGGCACAGAUUAAUUAAGAUAAACAGCGUGUCUAUGCCUGCAUUUACACAGGCAGACCAAUUAUAAUAUUUUUCCACUAAUUGGUCUUUUGACCAAUCACAUCAGAUCUUUUCACAUCAGCUCUUUUUCAGGUGCUGAUCUGAUUGGUCAAAAGACCAAUUAGUGAAAAAAAUAUCAGAAUUGGGCUGCCUGUGUAAACACAGCCUAACUGUCUGAAAUACUGCCAUUAAGCAGGAGUUUUUUUGUGACUAAAGGCAAUGGGUGUGGUGUUUCUGAGGAGGCUUCUUCCCACUCACUGUCCUGUCUGAACACAUGCACACACACACACACACACACACACACACACACACACACACACACACACACACACACACACACACACACACACACACACACACACACACACACACACACACACACACACACACACACACACACACUAAUUAUUGUUGACUGUGUUGUUCAAGCUCAUUUAUAUGUGACUCCAGAUGUGAUUUCUACCUCAAUAUGGCUGCGUUUAGAGAGCCAGCCCAAUUCUGAUCUUUUUUUCACUAUUUGAUAUUUUGACCAAUCAGAUCAGCUCUGAAGAAGGUCUGAUGUGAAAAGAUCUGAUGUGAUUGGUCAAAAGACCAAUUAGUGUUAGAAAUAUCAGAAUUGGGCUGCCUGUCUAAAUGUAGCCUAUUAGUGUGGUGUUUUAUGAUCUGCUCCAUUCAAUGUAUUUAUUCUCCUCUAGGUAUAUUAAGUAGUUUAAAAUCCCAAUAUUUAAACAAAGGCAAUUUUUUAAUCUAAUUUAUCUCAUUAAAUGACGGAUGGCGGUGAUAUUAAAGUUGGAGACAGCAUACAAACAACUGCAGAUCAUUAGAUUGAGCGAUUUACCUCAGGGAGAAUUACCUCAGGGUCAGAUCUGAUCUGAAGGUGUUAUGAAAUUGAUUUUUCAGCCAAGGGGAAUGAAUCACUGUUGUAAGUCAGAUAUUAAUCCAUUAAAGAAGAACAAUAAGGCAUCAAUAUGCACAAAAUUAAAUGAACGGCGCUGGAACUUUAUCUCGCCAUCCCAGAUGCCACAUAACUAAAAGACACAGUAUAAUGUAUGACCUGACCUUCAAAUGCCAGGAGAGUGUUGGACAAUAAACUGCCAAUAUUUGUGGCUUAAUAGCGGCAGAUGACUUUUACAGUAAUUGGAAUGGCACCGAAACAGCUGGGUUGCUUAAAGAAGGUGGAAUGCAACGGGUGUGUCUCAAAUGGCACCCUAUACCCUAUAUAGAACACUACUUUUGACCAGAGCCCUGGGUCAAUAUGGUGUCAUUUGGGACACAACCAAGGGUCUCUCAGACAAGUGCUAACUCAAAAUGGUGGCAGUGUAUGUAACCCUAUAGGCAAGGCUGUUAUAACACAGCUCAACCUAACAUGACGCCUGGAGAGAAGUGUUCAUGUAUGCAGUGUCCAUAUUAGGACAGUUACACAUCCAACUCCAAAUGACUUUGACAGAUGUUUCAUGGACAUGUGACUUUGGCCUAAUAUGGACACCGUACAGGUGAGAAGUCAAUCCAACUUGCUCACCAAGUUUAUGGGGAUAAGCCAAUAAUAUAAUUGUAUUUGCUGCUAACGUCUUUGAGUAUAUUCCUUGCGGAUGGUGCUCUACACUCCAUGCUGUGCGAUGAUGUAUCGCUUGGGCUGAAAGCUGAUUACAAGCCUGAUUUACUGCGGAGCAUGACUUAAAUCAUUCAACUCAGCAUUGUGUGGCACUGCACACAUUAUUCAUGUUUAGAAAUGGCAGCCAUAUGUACACACACAUUUCCCAAGUUCUCAGGGAUGAUCCAAUCGCUCAGGUUCUUUAGGUUGGUUCUCAGUAUGCCAAUGAUUUAGUCGUACAAGUCACACAAUUGUUUCUGAAUUAUAACAUAUACCUACAACUAUCCAGAGAAACUUACAUGUGAAAUACUGGUAUGGAGAUGUCUGAUUCAGGCUGCGCUGUUGUUCUGUCUUGUGGCUCUAACAGGUAAGGAGAAGUCCUACAGCUGUCUCUCCAGUGACUACACCAGCGCACAGUCAGCCUCUCUCAGUUACCAUCUGGAGGGCUUCCACCCCAACCAACACCCCAAGUGGAACCAGGACACCAGGGACAACAGAGCCACCUCAACCCCACAGACCCCAAGCCCCAAGGACCGGAACCCUACUUCUGCCCUCUACAGUGGGGUGGAAGGCACUGAUGAGAACCGGAGAAACACAGGUACACUGCAAAUGGACAGGCCUCCCAACCUGCCCAACUCUUCCAACCUGAAUCUACACCGGGCCUAUGGAGGACCUCCAGCUAUUGAGGACAACAAUGUGAACCCACAGGGUCUUCAUCAAUCCAUACAGACCUUCAUCAAUGGCCUGACGUCCAGCAUUCUGAGAGGGGGUAGAAAGAGGAGAGCAAGGGGAGGGAGGGUCAGCCCUCCGGGGGGAGGACAGGGGAGCUCUGAGGGGGAGGAUGGUGUUGGAGUCAGGGGGAGUGACUGGGACAGUGAGGGGGAGGACAGUGUUGGAGUCAGGUGGAGUGACUGGGACAGUGAGAGGGAGGCAGGUGCUGGUGGCUCUGCAGUCACACCCAGGACCAGGAAGUCCCAGUAUGAACCUCUGGAUUUGUCUCUAAGGCCAGACUGGAUGCUGUUGUCUCAGCCUGGUUUAAGGGGAUUGACUGGGUUAUUCCAGCAGCACAGCAGUGUGUGUAAUGACUCCCUCUCCUCCAAUAGCAAUGGGCUGCAGGCACCCACUGGACAACACACAGCCCAGUCUGACACUGAUAGUGACCUGGAGAAGCCUAUAGAGCAGGAGGACCCACACACCUAUGACUCCUCAGCUCACAAUGGGGAUUGUACACUGGAGAGACCUGUGUUCAACAAAGAGAGGGAAGAAAUGGCACUCAACAAGUGGAGGAUGAUGAAGAGUAGCAGCAACGAAGCAGGGCUGAGUGAGGAGAUGACAGAGAUGAUGGUUGGCGGUUCCCAGGGGCCCAGUGAGGCCCCUCAGUGUACCCAGGAGAAGCAGGGCCAGUGGGGCAGGUCAGUCAUCCAGCCUCUCCUCUCUCCUCUGGAGCUGUUGAAGCCAGGGCAGACUCCUCACCACUACCUCCAUCACCACAGGAACCUCUCAAUCCUCCGGUCCUCCAGUGGCCAGAAUCACACGCUCCUCAAUGGCCAUGCAGCUAGCUUGAAUGGUGGAGGGGGAGGGCCCAUGGAGAGAGCAGAUACUUCAAGUGAGUGUCCUUUUCUCUGCCCCAUGAAUGAUGUCAACUGUACCUUUGGUUCCUAACUCUUUCCCACAUUAUAUGAGAGUACAAUGCCAUCUAGUGGACAAGUAGUGAUCCUGCCUCCUUAUAUCAUCCUUUCCUAUACUAUCCUAUCCUAUAUGUUUGGAUCUUUAGUACACUCUCUUUCACUAGAUAGAUAGGCUUACCUCAGCAGACAAUUUGUCAGAGGAAAUUGAUGAACUCUAGUUAGUUUGAACACUUGUGAUUGUGAAUCUCAGAAGAACUAAAACAAGGGUACUGGAGUCACGGGUGUGUGGCACUGAUUACAUCCCCACGAUACAAUUUCACCAUCUGAUAGGUAACAAAUCACCCUGGCAAUGGGACCCAUUUGAUGGAGAGGCUUAAAUCUUGUGUGAUACGCCUGCAGAGAGCAAUAUUUAAUUACCUGGCUCUCUAGAGAGUUCUUUCAGACAGCUGGGAUCCUUUGAUAUGAUAUGCAUGUAUUAUGAGUGCAACUUGAUACCCCGUCAUUCUGAUCUAUCUGAUGCAGAAACACAAUAUGAAACACAAUAUGCUCGUAUGAAAGACAUUAAAGUGCAUGUCAACUCUGUUUGGACACAACAUCUGUUCUGCUCAUUGAUGGUUCCUGUUGGUAAAAGUGUAGGCUACAGUAUGUCGGAAUAAUUGUUAGAUAUACUAGAUGCAUAUUACAACUUCCUGAAUUGACGUUCAUUUCUGCACUCAUCUCAACUCUUCAGGUCAUUGCAUAUCCAGGGUUUACACAUUUUUUAACUUACCUUUGGUCACUUUCCUGAAAAGGUGUUUAUUUUACAAUAAUUGUACAAUAAUUUAUAAUAAGUUACAUCGCUAGUAUAGUUUGGUAUUGAAAUUAUAAAAGAGGAUAACUAAGUAAACCCAUUGUAAAUGCCCCCCAUUACCACACUCUAAAGUAGAGUCUAUCAUUAGCUAAGCUGGAAAGGCAUCAGUCAAAGUUGACAUAAUUGACAUUGAGCCUAGCGACUGCCCUCUAACUACAAACAACAAGCAGGUGGUCAGUCAGUUAUUCUCAUCACACCAACUGCUUCUGCCUGCCCUGUUUUCAAUAUUGGCCAGGUGGCAUUGUCAAGAACCUGCCUCCUGUCCAUAUGUCCCCAUACUGUACUUCUAGGUCUAGUCACUCAGUGACAUAUUGCCGGGCACAGUGGACAUGGAGUGAUGUGUGAUGUGUGUGCAAUGACAGUUCAGGUUGGACACAGUGUGCCAAAGGUGGUAAUUGGCCAGAUGGUGACCCCUGGAUGAACCUGUCUGCAUGCUCAUUAGUUUUGUAUUGAGCCCUCCCUCAUUGUUAAUGUCCUGCAACUGCAUCUCCCAAUCACAGCCACUAGAUGGUGACAUAAUCCACUUAUUUUUCCUUCACAUUGAAAAAAAAACAAUAAAACCAUGCGAAACCCUGAGAAUAUGAGUAGAUCGAUACAGAACGAAUGAUCUAAGAAUGAAUGAAAGAAAGUGAAAGAAAAUACCUGAUUUGAAAAGGAGAAGAGAGAAAGAGCGAGAGAGAGAGAGAGAGAGAGGGAGAGAGAGAGACAAUAGAUGGAGAUAGAUGGAGCGACAGAGGAUGUCGUUUGAGGGCAGAGAAAGGGCAGGCCGAGCAGGCUGCCAUGUGCCUGGGUCUCCCCAUAGAGAUAAUGAAGGGUGGAGUGCUGGGAAGGAUAUGCAGUCAUCACUCACUGUCUCUGUGCCAUCAGAGCUCAGCGCUGUGUCAUCCGUCACCAUUCAGCUCCUCCCCUACAGCCCCGCCACUGUCAUCAUGGUUAUUAUCUCUGCCUGAAACACACACACACACACACAUUCAUUUGUGCGCGCACAUUAACACACACACACACCAUGUGUGUGAUAUACCUACACACAGAGAUGUGCACACGCACGCACACUCCCUCCCAUUCCCACAUCCUUUCUUGUUUCCUGGUAAAUGUGUGUGUGAGCUGGUCUGGUGUCAGGCUGGUGUUUAGCCUAUGAAUGGGUGAUCAUGUGUUGGUGAGAUGGAUGGCUCUGGGCCCAGGCCUGUCUCCUCUAAUUGUAAAAUAUUAGUUAGAUUAGACUGUGGCCUGUGAUUAAUGGAACUUAUUUGGAGGUUGCCCUCUCCUGGACCUCCCCUCUCCUCCAUUGGGAGGGAGAUACCAGGAAGAAAGAAUGUACGAGACAGGAAGAGGAGAGAGAAAGAGGGGAGAGAUAGGGCAAGCACUAUACACUUGCUUAAUAUUAUAUUAUUUGCUGAUGUUGCUUAAUUUGUAACACGUUAAAAAGAUAGCUUACAUUUUGUAAUGGCUCUAAGAAGAAAGGAGAUUUGGUAAGAUAUAUUAUGAGUAAUUCCCUUUUCUUGAAACAAAAUUCCCUUUUCUUAACCAAAAGUACUGCCCUGACCUGUUCCAAAAUAUCUUAUCCUGCAUUUAGCGAUUUAUUACAUCCCUGAUUCUCCAAGUCAGGGUUUAAACAUUUUUGUUUUCUUCUUACAAUACAAUAGGCAAAGCCUUUAAUUUGCAGACAAUACUAUGGCUGACCCUGUACAACAACACAUCUCACUGCACCUAUCCGGUGAAUGUGACAAUAAAAUAUAUACAGUACCAGUCAAAAGUUUGGACACACCUACUCAUUCAAGGGAUUUUCUUUAUUUUUACUAUUUUCUACAUGGUUGAAUAAUAGUGAAGACAUCAAAACUAUGAAAUAACACAUGGAAUCAUGUAGUAACCAAAAAAGUGUUAAACAAAUCAAAAUAUAUGUUAUAUUUGAAAUUCUUCAAAGUAGCCACCCUUUGCCUUGAUGACAGCUUUGCACACUCUUGGCAUUCUCUCAACCAGCUUCAUGAGGAAUGCUUUUCCAACGGUCUUGAAGGAGUUCCCACAUAUGCUGAGCACUUGUUGUCUGCUUUUCCUUCACUCUGCGGUCCAACUCAUCCCAAACCAUCUCAAUUGGGUUGAGGUCGGGUGAUUGUGGAGGCCAGGUCAUCUGAUGCAGCACUCCAUCACUCUCCUUGGUCAAAUAGCCCUACACAGACUGGAGGUGUGUUUUGGGUCAUUGUCCUGUUGAAAAACAAAUGAUAGUCCCACUAAGUGCAAACCAGAUGGGAUGGCGUAUUGCUGCAGAAUGCUGUGGUAGCCAUGCUGGUUAAGUGUGCCUUCAAUUCUAAAUAAAUCACAGACAGUGUCAUCAGCAAAGCACCACCACACCAUCACACCUCCUCCUCCAUGCUUCACGGUGGGAACCACACAUGCAGAGAUCAUCCGUUCACCUACUCUGCGUUGCACAAAGACACGGUGGUUGGAACCAGAAAUCUCACAUUUGGAGUCAUCAGACCAAAGGACAUAUUUCCACCGGUCUAAUGUCAUUUACUCGUGUUUCUUGGCCCAAGCAAGUCUCUUCUUCUAAUUGGUGACCUUUAGUCAUGAAGGCCUGAUUCACGCAGUCUCCUCUGAACAGUUGAUGUUGAGAUGUGUCUGUUACUUGAACUCUGUGAAGCAUUUAUUUGGGCUGCAAUCGGAGGUGCAGUUAACUCUAAUGAACUUAUCCUCUGCAGCAGAGGUAACUCUGGGUCUUCCUUUCCUGUGGCAGUCCUCAUGAGAGCCAGUUUCAUCAUAGCGCUUGAUGGUUUUUGCGACUGCACUUGAAGAAACUUUCAAAGUUCUUGACAUUUUCCAAAUUGACUGACCUUCAUGUCUUAAAGUAAUGAUGGACUGUCAUUUCUCUUUGCAUAUUUGAGCUGUUCUUGCCAUAAUAUGAACUUGGUAUUUUACCAAAUAGGGCUAUCUUCUGUAUACCCCCCAUACCUUGUCACAACACAACUGAUUGGCUCAAACGCAUUAAGAAGGAAAGAAAUUCCACAAAUUAACUUUUAACAAGUCACACCUGUUAAUUGAAAUGUAUUCCAGGUGACUACCUCAGGAAGCUGGUUGAGAGAAUGCCAAGAGUGUGCACAGCUGUCAUCAAGGCAAAGAGUGGCUACUUUGAAGAAUCUCAAAUAUAAAAAAUAUAUAUUGAUUUGUUUAACACUUUGUUGGUUACUACAUGAUUCCAUAUGUGUUAUUUCAUAGUUUUGAUAUCUUCACUGUUAUUCUACACUGUAGUAAAUAGUAAAAAUAAAGAAAAACCCUUGAAUUAGUAAGUCUGUCCAAACUUUUGACUGGUAGUGCAUUUGGAAAGUAUUCAGACCCCUUCUCUUUUCCCACAUGUUGUUACGGUACAGCCUUAUUCUAAAAUGGAUAAAAUAAUUUUUUCCCCUCAUCAAUCUACACACAAUAGUCCAUAAUGACAAAGUGAAAAACAGGUUUUUAGACAAUUUUGCCAAUUUAAGACCCUUUGAUAUGACACUUGAAAUUGAGCUCAGGUGCUUCCUGUUUCCAUUGAUCAUCCUUGAGAUGUUUCUACAACUUGAUUGUAGUCCACCUGUGGUAAAUUCAGAUGAUUGGACAUGAUUUGGAAAGGCACGCACCUGUCUAUAUAAGGUCCUACAGUUGACAGUGCAUGUCAGAGCAGAAACCAAGUCAUGAGGUCGAAGGAAUUGUCCUUAGAGCUCCGAGACAGGAUUGUGUCGAGGCACAGAUCUGGGGAAGGGUACCAAAAAAAUUCUGCUGCAUUGAAGGUCCCCAUCUUUCUUAAAUGAAAGACGUUUGGACCCACCUAGACUCUUCCUAAAAUUGGCCGCUCAGCCAAACUGAGCAAUCGGGGGAGAAGGACCUUGGUCAGGGAGAUGACCAAGAACCCAAUGGUCACUCUGACAGAGCUCCAGAGUUCCUCUGUGGAGAUGGGAGAACCUUCCAGAAGGACAACCAUCUCUGCAGCACUCCACCAAUCAGGCCUUUAUGGUAGAGUGGCCAGAUGGAAGCCACUCCUCAGUAAAAGGCACAUGACAGCCCGCUUGUACUUUGCCAAAAGGCACCUAAAGGACUCAGACCAUGAGAAACAAGAUUAUCUGGUCUGAUGAAACCAAGAUUGAACUCUUUGGCCUGAAUUCCAAGCCUCACGUCUGGAGGACACCUGGCACCAUCCAUACGGUGAAGCAUGGUGGUGGUAGCAUCAGUACAGAGAGAUCCUUGAUGAAAACCUGUUCCAGAGCGCUCAGGACUGCAGACUGGGGGCGAAGGUUCCCUUUCCAACAGGACAACCACCCUAAGCACACAGCCAAGACAAGGCAGGAGUGGCUUCGGGACAGUCUCUGAAUGACCUUGAGUGGCCCAGCCAGAGCCUGGACUUGAACCUGAUCGAACAUCUCUGGAAAGACCUGAAAAUAGCUGUGCAGCGACUCUCCCCAUCCAACCUGACAGAGCUUGAGAGGAUCUACAGAGAAGAAUGGGAGAAACUCCCCAAAUAUAGGUGUGCCAAUCUUGUAGCGUCAUACCCAAGAAUACUAGAGGCUGUAAUUGCUGCCAACGGUGCUUCAACAAAGUACUGAGUAAAGGAUCUGAAUACUUAUGUAAAUUUGACAUUUCAGUUUUUUGUUUUUAAUACAUUUGUGAAAAUUUGUAAAAACCUAUUUUUGCUUUGUCAUUAUGGGGUAUUGUGUGUAGCUUGAUGAGGAAAAAACAAACAUUUAAUCCAUUUUAGAAUAAGGCUGUAACGUAACAAAAUGUGAAAAAAGUAAAGUGGUCUGAAUACUUUCUGAAUGCACUGUAAUAUAUACAUAUAUAGUCAUUUAUAUCUUAGCUCCCAGAGCGUCAGUAAGACAGGUCAGUGAUAUUCAGACAGACAGCUCAGUGAUAUUGAGACAGAUAGACAGGUCAGUGAUAUUCAGACAGACAGCUCAGUGAUAUUGAGACAGAUAGACAGGUCAGUGAUAGACAAACAGACAGGUCAGUGAUAUUCAGACAGAUAGACAGGUCAGUGUAUUUCAGAAAGAUAGACAGGUCAGUGAUAGACAGACAUGUCAGUGAUAAUCAGACAGAUAGACAGGUCAGUGAUUUUCAGACAGACAUGUCAGUGAUAUUCAGACAGAUAGACAGGUCAGUGAUAGACAGACAUACAGGUCAGUGAUAGACAGACAGGUCAGUGAUAUUCAGACAGAUAGACAGGUCAGUGAUAUUCAGACAGAUAAACUGGUCAGUGAUAUUCAGAUAGACAGGUCAGUGUAUUUCAGACAGAUAGGCAGGUCAGUGAUAGACAGACAGACAGGUCUGUGAUAGACAGACAGAGAAGUCAGUGAUAUUCAGACAGACAGGUCAGUGAUAUUCCGACAGAUAGGUCAGUGAUAUUCAGACAGACAGGUCAGUGAUAUUCAGACAGACAUGUCAGUGAUAUUCAGAUAGACAGGUCAAUGAUAUUCAGACAGACAGGUCAGUGAUCUUCAGACAGACAGGUCAAUGAUAUUCAGACAGACAGGUCAGUGAUCUUCAGACAGACAGGUCAGUGAUAUUCAGACAGACAGGUCAGUGAUGUUCAGACAGGUCAGUGAUAUUCAGAUAGACAGGUCAGUGAUUUUUCAGACAGACAGGUCAGUGAUAUUCAGACAUGUUGCAUAUCAGACAGACAGGUCAGAGAUCUUCAGACAGACAGGUCAGUGAUAUUCAGAUAGACAGGUCAAUGAUAUUCAGACAGACAGGCCAGUGAUCUUCAGACAGACAGGUCAGUGAUCUUCAGACAGACAGGUCAGUGAUAUUCAGACACGUUGCAUAUCAGACAGACAGGUCAGUGAUCUUCAGACAGACAGGUCAGUGAUAGACAAACAGACAGGUCAGUGAUAUUCAGACAUAUAGACAGGUCAGUGCAUUUCAGAAAGAGAGACAGGUCAGUGAUAGACAGACAGGUCAGUGAUAAUCAGACAGAUAAACAGGUCAGCGAUAUUCAGACAGACAUGUCAGGGAUAUUCAGACAGAUAGACAGGUCAGUGAUAGACAGACAUACAGGUCAGUGAUAGACAGACAGGCCAGUGAUAUUCAGACAGACAGGUCAGUGAUGUUCAGACAGACAGGUCAGUGAUAUUCAGACAGACAGGUCAGUGAUUCUUCAGACAGACAGGUCAGUGAUAUUCAGACACGUUGCAUAUCAGACAGACAGGUCAGUGAUCUUCAGACAGACAGGUCAGUGAUAUUCAGACACGUUGCAUAUCAGACAGACAGGUCAGUGAUCUUCAGACAGACAGGUCAGUGAUCUUCAGACAGACAGGUCAGUGAUCUUCAGACAAACAGGUCAGUGAUAUUCAGACAGACAGGUCAGUGAUAUUCCGACAGACAGGUCAGUGAUAUUCCGACAGAUAGGUCAGUGAUAUUCAGACAGACAGGUCAGUGAUAUUCAGACAGACAGGUCAGUGAUUUUUCAGACAGACAGGUCAGUGAUAUUCAGACACGUUGCAUAUCAGACAGACAGGUCAGUGAUCUUCAGACAGACAGGUCAGUGAUAUUCAGACACGUUGCAUAUCAGACAGACAGGUCAGUGAUCUUCAGACAGACAGGUCAGUGAUAUUCAGACAGACAGGUCAGUGAUAUUCAGAGGGCACACAUAUGUGUCACUCUGUCUCAUUUCCUGUACUGCUGGUUACUAUUCACCAAUAGAUGGAGCAUUACCUUUUAUUGCCCAACACCUGUGGGCUUUUUACAUUUUUUCAGCAAAAUUACUUUUGAUGUAGAUGUUAAAGAAAGCUUUACAUUUCAUACAGAAGGAGGAGGAAGAGGAGGAGGAAGAGAGAGGUUAAAAGGUUGUGGCAGCGUGUUUUUUGAGGUCAUAUGACAUCAUCCCCUAACGGUUUACUGUAAUCAUGAAUCAUAGAAGAAGCCAUGGAGUUAUUCGAAGAAAGAAAGCAUGGAGAUUAGUUGUGCUUUAACCGGGCCUUUAAUAGCAUAAGACAACAUCUUGACAUACACCUUAUUCGCAUGGGACUAGUAUUUCUAUAGAACGUCGGUUAUGUAAUUAUUACCCCAGCAUGUCCAUUGUUCCAGGGGACGAUUCGGAGGGGAUUAGUUUUACCAAACUGCCCCUGUAAUAUUUUUUUUUCCUCAUUCAAAAUUGACCGUUAUGACAGAAGCUUGGAGGCUGAAGUUGAUAUGUGACAAAACAGUUAAUUAAUCUGUAGGCUACGUUUAUAGCACUUUGUUUUAAGCAUCCAUUUGUUCCCAAGUUCUUACCCAAACUGGGUGCAGCACCUGUUCAACUCUGUAAUAUCCCUCAAAACACAGGGAUGACGAUUCGCACUGGAUAAGUAUUAGCAGAUGACGAAAAACUGUAGGUUUUUAAGGGUGAGAUAAUAACCUUCCUGCCAAGCGAAAAUGACUGACAUGGCAUAUUCGGACGGACUAAAAUGACAGAUGUGGUGAUUUGUGCUCGUGCACAUAAUUACAUUACCUGAGCUCCCCCAGUAAAACCUAUCCCGUCCGAAUAGGGCUAUAGUGUGUGUGUAAAAGUAAAAACAGAGUAUAACCCAGCACAAAUUAGUCAAAUUAUUAGUCAAGUGAUGGGAGAGAGAGAGAGAGCGAGAGAGAGAUGGAGAGAGAGAUGGAGGGAGGCCUGUGCUCAGUGUAGCCAGCUGCAGACGUCUCUCAUUCCUCAGCCCAACACUCAUCACCACCAUGAGCCCAGGGUGUGUAUGAGUGCGUGUGUGUGUGUGUGUGUGUAUGUGUGUGUGUGUGUGUGUGCAUGCGUGUUUCUGUUGUUUUUUGUGUGCAUAAAAUGAGAAGGGAAGGACUUCCAAAUCACUAAUGACAGUAGUAUGUACCAUGUAGUACUAGUCAGAGGUGGAAUUAGAUGGGGAAUGCAUGGGGUUGGAGUUCCCAAAGUGAAACCAGAGUAAUCUUCUCCAUAAUUCCACCGCUGGUAUUAUUAUCAUUUAGUCCACGAUAUUUUAUGAUUACCACUAGAGAGUUGGCACUAGAGAGUUGGCACUAGAGAGUUGGCACUAGAGUGUUGGCACUAGAGAGUUGGCAGUAUUAAACACAAUGAAGUAUAAUCAGUAGGGAGGGCUGGGAGGUUGAUUUGUCUAAAGCAAUGCUUUCCUCUCUGCCAGGGGGGAAGCCUUUCCAGUGCAGGUACUGCCCCUACAGCGCCACCCAGAAGGGGAACCUGAAGACUCAUGUCCUGUGUGUCCACCGCAGGCCCUUCGACAGCAGCCUGUACCCAGACAGACGCCUCAGACGGCCCCGUGCCAACACCUCUGUGACCCCCUACACCUUCCAGGUUGGCUCUGCUAGCUCCUCCUACCUGCCCCACAGCAUCAUGGGCCUGGGAGAGGCCCCUAGGCCUACACCCACUGGGAGAGAUAUCAUCAUGACAUCAUUGUGUGGGACUUAA